CGCCAGCUUAACAGUAAGCAGUGGCACAAGACACACUGCCAGUGUGUCGUGGACUGUGAAUUGCUCGUUCGCAGUCAGGCCCCGAUGUUGCCGAACAACGACGACAAACUCAAGGGUGACGAACUCAAGGGUCACACUAGGGCGAGCCAUGUUGGCGGAACACUGCAAGUGGCGCUGAAUUUCUACUCCCAUAGUAGUGACGGAGGCCUUCCUUACUCGACGUUUGGUCCGCAGAGAGCUAGAUUUUCAGGACCUAUGGGCAACAUCGUCAGCACACCACACGUCGUGGAGUUACUCGACAUGCGUGGGCAAGAGUGUGCGUUUGACUUGGACCUCCAUGGCUUCGUGCCACUUGGAAACGUGCCUUCUUUGGCAACGGACCUGCUCGAUGAGCAUGGAGAGAUCGCAGACUUGGUCGAAGACACACUCAGACUCGUCACGGCACACGUGGAUGCGGUGGUGCGUGGACUCAUUCCAUCUACUGAAAGCCUAUCGAUCUUCACAACAAUGACACGCUGCUCAAAUCCGCACAACUCGGCACACAGCCAACGACGGCCAUCUCCGUUAAUUCACAUCGACCACACCCCCACGUCCGGCGCAUCGUUCCUCACCAAGUUCCCACCCGACAUCCAAAACGACAUCCAAAGCGGCCGCCUUCGCGUGCGCAUUUUGAGCGUGUGGCAACCUCUAGUGCCCAAAGUGUUGGACUGGCCACUGGCACUGGCAGAUGCGCGAACCUGUCCGCCGACAGCGCUGCUGGAUUCCGAGACUAGGCUCGCUCAUGGCAACAUUGGAGCCAUGUCUCUUAUGACAUACGACCCGACCGUUCAGUGGUGGUACUGGAGUUCGAUGACACAUUCAGAGGUUCUCGUGAUCAAGAACUACGACUCGAAGGACAGCCAAGGCCGCACGCCGCACACGUCCUUCUUCGACCCGCGUAGUGUCUCGUCCCCAGGCGUCUUCCGCAAGAGCGUCGAAGCUCGGGUCAUCGUCGCCUCGACGAUGUAGAUUAACUUCGUUACGCUCAUGCGACCUACGAAUAUCCACCAAAUGCACUUCAUUUAUGUAACUGUCAAACGAACGGUUACCCUGGGU